CCAGAAACCGAAAAAGUGAUAGAGGUGGUUUAGGAAUGGCAAUACACAACAACGGAGCCAAAACCAUAGAAAGGCGAUGGGAUGAAAUGACAGCUGAACUUGGUGGGGAGGAACCUGAUAUAAUGACAUUCAUUGAUGUCAUGCACACAAAUCUAAAAACAGGUGUUAAAGACAAGAAGGCGCAAAGUUUAACCGAGACUGCUAUGGCUAAGGUAGCUCAGAUUGCUUCUCAACGGCAAGCUCAAGAAGAGGAGCCCCUCACCCAAGCGGUGAUUAAUGCUGUUGUCCUAGAAGAAAUCCCGAAGAUUAAAGGACGUCGCUUUGGUGUUGCUACAUUAAUGGAUAAGAGAAACACAUCUUCUUACAAAUCGACAGAUGUAGCCCAUGAAGAUCAAUUACGAAAUGAGAUUGAGACAAUGAAGAAGGAUCAAAUAGAGAAACAUGCUCAAAUCCAAUCUCUGAGCACCCAAAUUCAAUAUCUCCUGCAUUGCAACAAGCUAGUCCUUGAGAAGCUACCAGGUAUUUGUCCUCCCUAUCCUUCAACAACUCCGGCCGAAGAAUAUGAUUCUGAUGAGACUCAAGGUUAG